ACGAACUUUCUCUUGAGAAGCUGUUGGUUGUGGUCCAGCAGCGUGUGUUUUCUGGGACAGAAUGAUGCUGUUGGUGUUCUCUGCAGCUGGUCUCCGCUGGAUCUCCGGUCUGGUUCUCCUGGUUCUGUGUGUCCAUGCUCCUGCUGUCCUGUGUCAGAAGCUCUACUGUUACUACUGUCCUCAGACGUCCUUCAACCGGAGCUGCCGGCACGUUCUGUCCGAGUGUGGGCCGCAGCAGGUCUGCUUCACCGCCGACGGCCGCUUCGGACGCGCUCCUGUGCUCUUCUCCAAAGGCUGCAUGUCUCCGAGAGACUGUGUGCGCUCCAGCAGUCAGAUGAUCCGCGGGAACAACAUCAGCUUCACCUUCUCCUGCUGCAGCCGUCCUUACUGUAACUCCGGCCGGCGCUGGGCUCUCGGCCCCGGGCUCCUCGCUGCGACCGCCAUCGCUGCGCUCUUCUGGGGCUGACCGUCACGCACCGAACACUGGACUCGUCUGAAACUACUUAUGUCAUUCACUUUUAACUGAGCCUCAUUAAAUAGUUUUUAAUAUCUCCUGAUUUGAAGUGAAUCUUGUCUUGCCAUACGUGGAAGGUCUUUUACGUGGCUUUAUCACUUUUCAUUCAAAAGCAAUUUAUUGGCAUGAUUGUUUGCAAACAUUAUGGCCAAAGCAUUAAACAAAACCGUAGUGACAACCCUGCUGGAAAAAAAAAACAAUAGAACCUUCACAAAAAAAUGUAAUGGCUUCCACUAAAAGUAUCAAAACAUCACAAACCAUCAACUUUUAACCAUUAAAAACA